CCACGCACCACGCACCUCGCACCUAGCACCUCGCCCCUCGCGAGCAUGGACUCUGGACUGACACUCACGACUGCCAUCUUUCACAUUCACCAUUCAUCAUCAACGCUCUCCUGUCACCGUCGCGUCGGAUCGACUCUCAAGUUUCGGCGCUCUCGCAGCACCUCACCAUGGCAAUGUUAGCGCCCGCCUUGCGCUGGCCAGACAUUCUACCGAGCGCCUGGCAAGCAUCGAUGCAAGGCCAACUGGAUGCCAUUCUUCCUUCUUCCGGUCCCCUAUCCAACCUCACGCCCUCUUUCCUCGUAUCGCUAUUCGUCAGUCUAGUCACCCUCUCCCUUUUGCUCUCUCUUCGAUCUCGCUCUUCUCUGCAUCCCCAUGCUCAUGCUGCCAGUGUCGCCUCCGGCUCUCAAAGGAGCAGCAGACGAAAGGUUGUAGGGGAUGCGACGGUGCUCUUGACGGGACCUUCGAACAGCGGCAAGACUUCCCUCGCAUUGUCCCUCUCAUUGCCGCGCGCUUCCUCCAGCAGCAGCAGCAGCAGCAGCAUCGUGCCCAAGACGCACACAUCCCAAGUCAUCUCUCGUCUCCUCUCCCGAACCACUUCUUCCUCUUCUCGCUCCUUCACGCUUGUGGACGUGCCAGGGGACAAUAGGCUGCUUCAUCUGCGCGACAAGCAGCUCAAUUCAGUCUCUUCAUCCAGCAACAAUGCGCAAAAGAUCGACGCCAUUGUUUUCUGCGUCGAUUCAGCCAGUGGAAAUCUCAAUGCGGCGGGCAGAAGGGAAUCCAUAGGCAUUGCGCACGCUGCAGAGUGAGUCCUCUCUCUCUCUCUCUCUCUCUCUCUCUCUAUGUGUGUGUCCCCGUUCCUCCGCUUCUGCUUUUCCCCCGACAUCACAACCACGCAACCAAGUCAAAUUCCACCCGUCGCCAUUCGCUCUCGUAGCGAUGCAAGUGCACGAGGUGUGCCGUAGAUGUUGCGCACAUCAAAUGCCGGGCAAGAGUACGACGCGUCUCGCGCGUACUCCUGCUCCCAUGCUCACCCUCGCCCGUCAAAAAGGCGCGGGUUUCUCUCCUCGGAGGGACCUUAUGGGAGCGUAUCGGGCGAUUUCUUGCGCAUCAUUUUUGCGCAUCGUUGCGUACAGAUUGCAGGUAGUCGUCCUACAUCUUCCUACCGGAAAGGCGCGGGG